AACAUUAUCUAACAGGUAAACAUUUCAAACUAGUAACGGAUCAGAGGUCAGUAGCUUAUAUGUUCAAUUUGAAACGUCAUGGUAAGAUUAAGAACGAUAAAAUAAUGCGGUGGAGAUUGGAACUUUCUAUGUAUGAUUUUGACAUAGUAUAUAGAACAGGAGAAGAAAAUAUACCAGCGGAUACCUUAUCGAGAGUGAAGGUUAUGUCGCUUACACUGGAUAAACUUUUCGAACUUCAUAAAGCACUGUGUCAUCCUGGAGUAUCUCGCAUGAGUCACUUUGUAAAAAGCCGAAAUUUACCAUUUUCGAUAGAAGAAAUUAAGCGCAUGACCGAAUCAUGUAGAGACUGCCGAGAAUGUAAACCCCAAUACUAUCGACCUGCACAGUCACAUCUGAUAAAAGCAACACAGCCGUUUGAAAGACUGAACCUAGAUUUUAAAGGUCCGCUGCCUAGUACGGACAAGAAACGAUAUAUAUUGACUAUCAUAGAUGAGUAUUCUAGAUUCCCAUUUGCGUUCCCAUGUGAAGAUGUUAGCGCUCGGACUAUUGUUGCUUGUCUAUCAGAAUUAUUCUCGGUUUUUGGUAUGCCUACGUACAUUCAUUCUGACCGAGGGUCAGGAUUUAUGAGUGCUGAACUAAAGAGUUUUCUCUUACAGAAGGGUAUUUCAAGUAGUAGAACAACAAGUUAUAAUCCUGCAGGAAAUGGCCAAGUAGAAAAAUUCAAUGGAACGUUGUGGAAAACAGUUUGCCUCGCUUUACGAUCGAAAAAUCUACCCAUUAACCACUGGCAAGAGGUGAUGCUGGAUGCACUCCAUUCGUCUUUGUUAUGUACGGCUACAAACGCUACUCCUCAUGAACGAUUAUUUUCUUUUCAAAGUAAGUCAACGAGCGGGGUGUCUGUCCCUUCAUGGUUGGCUACACCAGGAAAGGUUCUAUUAAAACGUCAAGCGCGCAAUUCAAAGUUUGAACCAUUAGUGGACGAAGUACAUCUAAUACAAGCAAACCCUCAAUAUGCUCUUAGGAUUAGGAUUUCAAGAUGGUAUAACAACUUCUGCCGCUCUAACAGAAGUUCAAGACACUACAAUACGUCCCACCGAAGACGCAAAGAUAGAGAUAUCUACGCCAACGGAAGAACUUUGGUUGACUUUUCUGAUGAAGAAGGUUACGGCAAGUACUUGGAUCUUCACGAACCUUAUGAUAAAUAUAUGAACAUCAAGGGAAUCGAGGGAUCGAAAGAUCUCAUGAUGUUCGGUGAACUUCAUUUGAAUUUUGUCAAAAGAAUAGACUAUCUUGCGUAUUUGGAAACAUUCGACCGCUUGUUCGACAUUCCCAAAGAGAAGAAAACACACGAAUACAAAAGAUACAUCAUCGUUCUCCUUGAUUACCUUUACUACUAUUGUCAACGUGUCCAACCGCUGGUCGAUCUUGAUAAGGAAAUGGAGGAAACCCAAGAAGAAUUUGAUAGAAACUGGGCGCAAGGAUGA